CCUAAAACUUUGCAAAUAGUAACUACUCAGUCUUUAGUUACAGACACUUUAACUCAAUGAGCAUUAUCAAGCCAUUCAAUCGCUAUUCAUAGAACAUUGCAGGUUCCUGCUGCAGGUAAAGAAAGUGUCGCCCCUGGUACUUAGUCCUGUCUAAUAGGAUUGAAGAUUCCCCGGCUUUACACACACACACACACCAGCUGGAAAGGGUGUAUAAGUCAACCAAGCCUCAGAGAUCUGAUUUUAACGAAAGUAGGAAGACCUGGGUUGGUAGAGGAGGAUAGCGAAGGUGAAAAAGAUAGUGUACAGAAAGGAGCUGAAAUGAGAGAGUGUACGGGUGCGUAAACAGAUGAUCUAAUGGAUGAAGAAAUUAUAUUUGGCCAUGAUUCAGGGCGAAAAAGUGUUGUCAUUUGUUGUCCAGCAGCUAUGAAAACUUACCCAGAACCUCUGUGAAGUGUUCACUAACUACUUUCCACAGCCAAGGACGUUGAAAUGGAUCCUGGGGACUCCUCACCUCUCAUGCAUUUUGUGGUGGCAAAGAGGACAAUCAACGGCAUCUUCGAUCAGCUGCUGGACUAUGUCAAGGAGGGGUCAGAGUUUGUGGAGGAGACGUGGCACUGUGCGGAUCUGGAGCAGGUCGCAGUUGAGGAGCAGUGCCUUGAGAUCAAGACCUGUGCUAGGAAACUGGCCACCAUUCGGGAUGUGUUAGCUCGCAGGCAAAUGAAGGUGGCCUUUUUUGGGAGAAGCCCUGCCAACGUGGUGUCGAACAUGUUUGUCAAGGGAGUGAAGCGAACAUUGCCUGUUCCUCUCGCCGGCAGGACGAGCAACGGUAAGAGCACGGUGAUCAACGCCAUGCUGAGAGACAGGGUGCUGCCCAGUGGCAUCGGCCACACCACCAACUGCUUCCUGAGGGUGGAGGGCACGGAUGCAGAUGAGGCCUUCCUCACCACUGAGGGCUCUGAUGACCGGAAGAGCGUCAAGACAGUCAAUCAGCUGGCCCACGCCUUGCAUAUGGAGCGCAAUCUGGACUCGGGGUGUCUGGUGAAGGUGUUCUGGCCCAAGUCCAAGUGUGCCCUGCUGAGAGAUGACCUUGUUAUUAUGGACAGUCCAGGGACAGACGUGACCUCUUACCUGGACAGCUGGAUAGACAAGUUCUGCCUGGAUGCUGACGUGUUUGUGUUGGUGGGCAAUGCAGAGUCCACACUGAUGAACACAGAGAAGCUGUUUUUCCACAAAGUGAGCGAGCGCAUAUCCAAGCCAAACAUCUUCAUUCUGCUCAACCGCUGGGACGCCUCUGUGUGGGAGCCCGAGUACAUAGACGAAGUGCGUAAGCAACACAUGGAGCGCUGUGUGAGUUUCCUGGCGGAGGAGCUGAGGGUGGUCAGUCAGGCAGAGGCGCCGGGGAGGAUCUUCUUCGUGUCGGCCAAGGAGGUGCUUAGCUCCAGGAUCGACUCAGCCCAUGGCGUGCCCGAGACAGGUGAGACCAGUGGUGCCUUAGCAGAAGGAUUUCAUGAGAGACUGAGGGAGUUCCAGAGAUUUGAGAGAACGUUUGAGGAGUUCAUCUCACACUCCGCAGUGAAGACCAAGUUUGAGCAGCACACACUCAGGGCAUGGCAGAUCACAGAAUCGGUCAAGUCAAUCAUGGACGCCAUUAAUAUUGGAUCCGCUGAAAAGAAGAUCUGUUCCUUGGAGAAUCGGGAGGACCAGAAGGACCGGCUGGAGUUUGUCAGGGGCCAGCUAAACUGCUUGACGGACAACAUGAACGAGAAGAUCAAGGUCAUAACAGAAGAGGUGGCCGCCAAGGUAACCAUGGAUAUGGCAGAACAGAUUCACAGUCUCUCUGCACUGGUUGAUGAGUUCAACGCCGACUUCAUACCAACACCACAUGCACUGACGUUAUACAAAACACAGCUUAUGAAGCAUGUGGAAGAGAGGAUUAGUAAAUCUCUGACCUUCCGUUGUUCAACUGGGAUCGUUGGCAGUGUGCAGUCAUUCCAGAAAUACAUGAUUGAGAGCGUUCAGCCACUGCUGCCCCCUGCUGUGCAGGAACAGCUCCAUGUCCACCUACCCAGCAGGAAGUUUGACCUGACCUAUGACCUUAACCUGGCCACGCUCUGCAAUGACUUCAAAGAGAAUAUUGACUUCCAGUUUUCCCUUGGCUGGUCUUCCCUUGUCACCCGUUUCAUUGGGCCCAGAAAUGCCAAGCGAGCUCUGACCUCCAUAAACCAAGAAUUUCAGAAUACAUCUCCUACUGCAUUCCAGGCUCAGAAUGGGUCCAGCCUACAGAACCACUUGGUCUUUUCCAUGGCAACAGGUGUUCUGUCACUCACCUCCAGAGCCUCCAUGACUGUUCUUGUCAUUGGCGGAGUGCGGUCUCAUCCCCCCCCUGUGUGGCAGGUGUGGCGCUCAAUGGGCUGGAGGAUUGUCGCUCUCUCUGCAACACUCUAUGGCCUGCUAUACCUGUAUGAGAAGCUGACAUGGACCAACGCCUCCAGGGAGAAAGCUCUGAAGCAGCAGUUUGUGGAGGUCGCUACCCAACGACUGCGAGGAAUCAUCCCUUUCACCAGCGGGAACUGCAGCCAGCAGGUUCACCAUUCAGCCUCCUCCAUUGACAGUUUGCCUGGGUCUACACUGGCCGUGAAACCCGUGGUCCUCUACAUUGCAACAAAUGUCCCCCCCUCUCCUUGACAACGUUCCAAGCGUUUUAGUUAGACAAACGGUACUAUCGCCAACAUUUUCCUAUCGCUAACAUUUUCAGCUUGCUGUGGAGUGAACUAACAGUACGAUCUUAACUCUGUUACACUAGUGUUCUCUCUACAAUACAGUCAUUUUGAUUGUUUUAGUUUACACCGUGUUUAAUCUAAAUGCGUAGCCCAUGUAGCUGAUGUGAAAUCACUAUUACAUACGUUUUGUGGUUGUAGCGGCAAUCGUGCAAGUAAUAUCACUGACUCUAAGUGGGUGACAUUGCUUAGAGAUGGUGUCAGUCUUGCCAAAUUCAAGACCAUGUUUUUGUAGCUUGAUAGGUUAGAUUGUUGCUUUAGUGAUGAGUGUCAUGUACUAAGGGCUGCACUGAGACAGAAGCUAUGCUUUUAUAUACGUAUAAUACUG